AUGGGCAGGCAGGCAAUAACUGGACGUAGUUCAUCUCCUGUGUGGUUGAUGGUUGGACUGGUUUGUGGAGUCUCUCUCAUUAUUAUUCUCCUGCUCUUGUUGUAUCGCUGCAGACAGUCCAAGUAUUCCUGCUUCACCAGGUCGAUCCAGUCUGAGAGUCACAGUCCGGGCUCCUCCACAAAUCAUGGAGUCAACCAGGAUGAAACUCAUGUGUAUGACUCUCUUCAACAUGGUACUGCUGACCUCUAUGAAUCAGUCACACAAGUGAAAAACAGAAAUGGAUCAGAUGAAUACGAUGACAUCACCUCCUCUCUUAUUGAGUUUAAAGAUCUCAGAACUGAGACUCCUCCUAAGCCCACUGUGACACUGCAGCCAUCUUGGCCUCAGAUAUACAGCGGUGAGACAGUCACAGUCAGAUGUGAGAUUCAGGGAGGUGAAGGAGCUCAGUGGACGUAUGAAUGGAGUCCAGCCAAGUUAAACACACCUCCAACAUCCAAUGAAUACACAAUCAGCAGUGUUAGUGAGUCUGAUGGUGGAGGAUACAGCUGUCGGGCCACAAGAGGCUCUUCCUGGACAGAGUGGAGUGAUGUCAUCACACUGAAUGUAAAACUUCCCACUAAGCCCACUGUGACCCUGCAGCCAUCCUGGACUCAGAUAUACUGCGGUGAGACAGUCACUGUCAGAUCUCCUCCUAAGCCCACUGUGACCCUGCAGCCACCUUGGCCUCAGAUAUACAGCGGUGUGAUAUACAGCGGUGAGACAGUCACUGUCAGAUGUGAGAUUCAGGGAGGUGAAGGAGCUCAGUGGACGUAUGAAUGGAGUCCAGCCAAGUUAAACACACCUCCAACAUCCAGUGAAUACAGAAUCAGCAGAGCUACUGAGUCUGACAGUGGAGAAUACAGCUGCCGGGGUAGACGAGGUUCUUUCUGGACAGUGUGGAGUGACGUCAUUACAUUGACUGUCUUAUAUCCUCCUAAGCCCAUUGUGACCCUGCAGUCAUCCUACACUCAGAUAUAUGGAGGAGAAAUAUACAAAGAUACCUCAGUCACUGUCAGAUGUGAGAUUCAUGGAGGGGAAAGAGCUCAGUGGAUGUAUGAAUGGAGACGAGGCCAGAAAAACAUACGUGGAACAUCCAGUGUAUAUACAAUCAACAGAGUUACUGAGUCUGAUGGUGGAGGAUACAGCUGUCGGGGCAGAAGAAGCUCUUCCUGGACAGAGUGGAGUGACAGCACCUCAUUGAAAGUAAUAGUUCCCACUAAGCCCACUGUGACCCUGCAGCCAUCCUGGACUCAGAUAUACAGCGGUGAGACAGUCACUGUCAGAUGUGAGAUUCAGGAAGUUGAAGGAGCUCAGUGGACGGAGUUGGCAACCCUAGGUGGUGGUGAUGUGUCCGGCUGCCAGCGGGAGAGCUGCAGCCGUUGA